AUGGGGGCCGUGGGGGGCAUGAGGAUCGUGGGGGCCGUGGGGGCCAUGGGGGGCGUGUGGGGCGCCGCCCCUGGGACCGACCCCCAUCCUGAUGCCUUCCUCCCGGAUUUUGCCCCGACAUCGAAAUUAACGAGACUGGCUAAAGAGUCCAGAAAGUUACCUGGCACACCAGCCGUCACCGCCACUACCGCCAUUGCCACCACCGCCACCACCGCCACUACCGCCACCAUGGCCACCGCCACCACCACCACUGCCAACGCACCCCGCCAGACACCUGCUGCAGCUGCACUUCCCACAUCUCCUCCACCUGGAGAAGCCACUGUCUCUCGUAUGCAGAGCCUCUCUGUAGAGGAGAGGGGCUGGAGGCUGCUCCUGGCGGCUGACGACGGGGCAGUGGGGGAGCUGAGGGCGCUGAUCGCCGCAGGGGCCGACGUGGCGUCGAGGGGCUGGGGUGGGCAGACCGCCCUGCACUGGGCAGCGUACAGGGGAGACGUCGAGGCGGUGAGGCUGCUGGUGGGGGCGGGGGCGGCGGCGGACGCCAGGAGUGACGCUGGGUGGACGCCGCUGCACUGGGCGGCAUUCAAUGGCCACGCAGAAGUGGCGGCUGCGCUGCUCGUCGCGGGGGCCGACAGGGGGGCCACAACUGUUGGUGGGCAGACAGCGCUGGACCUCGCCAGGCAGUGGAACAGGUGGCGGCUGGUGGAGAUGCUGUCAUGA